AUGAUCACAUCGUGUGAAGUGCUGAAAAUUAUGAAGAGGGAAGAAGAACUCUGCACAUCGAUCCUCUCCCAGGAAGAAGAGAAUAGGACCGUUGACAAUGAGCGUCUUGGAAGUUCAGGUGGAUGCCUUGGAAUGUGGGACAAUAUGACCUGUUGGCUGUCCUCUUCAGUUGGGCAAACCGUUCGAGCUCCUUGCCCCAAAGUCUUCCAGAUCAUAACUGGGAAAAAAGGGUAUAUAUAUCGUAACUGCACCAGGGAAGGCUGGUCAAAGAGGUUCCCUAGAACGCACAUUGCUUGUGACUAUGAUCUGAAAGAAGUGAAUGCUACUUUAAUUGCACAGAGACCACGGCAGUCUUAUAUUAUGAAGUUAAAUAUUGCAUACACUGUUGGAUACAGUUUCUCCCUGGCGGCCCUGACAGUGGCCUUAGGCAUUCUGGCUUCUUUCAGACGACUUCGCUGUACAAGGAAUUACAUCCAUAUGCAUCUGUUUGCAUCAUUCAUUUUGCGAGCCAUGGCAAACUUCAUCAAAGAUGCUGUACUGUCUGAAGAUACCGAUGAUUCUGUCUACUGUGGAUUAUUCAUGGUAAGAUGUAAGAUUGCCAUGGUCUUCUUCCACUUCUGCAUUAUGUCUAACUACAGCUGGCUUCUCGUGGAAGGGCUAUACCUUCAUACUUUGCUAGUGAUUUCUUUCUUCUCAGAAAGAAAGUACUUCUGGUGGUUUGUGGUUUUGGGAUGGGGCACCCCGACCCUGUUCAUUAUGGCUUGGGCCCUAGUCAGAGAAUUCCAUGAAAAUAUUGGAUGUUGGGACACUAAUCCGACAAACGUCUGGUGGAUCAUUCGAGGCCCUGUGCUGGUAUCUAUUGUUAUAAAUUUCAUUCUCUUUAUCAAUACUUUAAGAAUUUUGAUGGGAAAGCUUAGAUGGCCAGACGGAAGGGGUAAUGAUGCAAAUCAAUACAGGAGACUAGCAAAAUCAACACUUGUCCUCAUCCCUCUCUUUGGAGUCCAUUAUAUCAUCUGUGCUUUUUUCCCGGAUGAUGCCAACAGUAGCGUCUUGGAGAUUCAGAUUCUGUUUGAACUAGUCCUAGGAUCUUUCCAGGGUUUUGUUGUGGCUGUGAUUUACUGCUUUCUUAAUGGCGAGGUGCAGCAGGAGAUUCGUAGGAAAUGGCGGCAGUGGCACUUAAGGAAAUACAUUCAUUUACGCAAGCCUCACAGUUCCUCAUCUCAGAACGAAGUGAGUGGAUUCACACAGGUGCUGCAGCUGAUGAGGCCCAGCCCGCAGGAGCAAAGAAGAACGGAUGCCUCAACACCGAGCGAAAUGCACCAGCGUAGUGCAGAAAAGAGCUGAUUACUUGCUUGGAGGCAGACUCUCAUUUGCCUCAUCAGGCACCCUGAUUACGGAUCUGAAAGCUAAAUGUGACUCCUAAUGAGCUCUGCUUGGAGCCUAGUUUUGCCUGUGGCCUGAAUAGUAUUAUCACCUGGAGUAUUUUAUGAUGAAGAUGCAUAAACAUUCAUUUCCUAGAGGAAGAUUAUUUCUGUUCCGGUCUUGCUUGUUUUUCCUUCUAAAGCUACCACCCUAAUUAUUUUCUUUCUUGCUCCUUUUAACUGAAUUGAGUAUUGGAUUAAAAAAAUAA